UUCAGUGGUCCGGCAGGAAGUUUCCCUCCUCCGCACAAACUUCGGGAGCGUCGCGGCGGAUAGCACCGGAGUCCUAACCGGGCGGUGAAGAUGCCUCUAACGGCGGUGCACAGAGCGAGUUUCCCUCGGACAUAAACAGCUCCACACAGCUAGCAUGAGCUCCUCUGGAUGUAGCUGAGCGGGAAUCAUGGCCAACGUCAAAGUCGCUGUUCGAGUCCGUCCUCCAAACGCACGGGAGGCUGCCGAUGGAGGAAGACUUGCUGUACAGGUGGAAGAAAAGUUUGUGAGAAUCCAAAAUGUCAAGCUGGAUGGACGGACCGAACACACAGUGGAUUCCAGGGAGAAGCUUUUGGAGUUUUGUUUUGACUACUGUUACUGGUCGGUGCACCCUGAAGACCCUCACUAUGCUUCGCAAGAGGAGGUAUUCCAGGAUUUGGGUGAGUCUGUUCUGGCAGGAGCACACGAGGGAUACAAUGUGUGUCUAUUUGCUUACGGACAAACUGGAUCAGGGAAAACCUACACCAUGAUGGGAACGCCGGAUUCCAUUGGUUUGACCCCAAGAAUAUGUCAGGGUCUCUUCUGGUCCGAUGAUGCUCUUCCAGACGGGCAGAAUUCUAGCAGAGUGGAAAUCAGCUUUCUGGAGAUUUACAACGAGCGGGUGAGAGAUUUACUGAGGGUUGGAGAGCAGAAGAAGAGAGCGUCACUGAGAGUCAGAGAGCACCCGGAAAAAGGUCCUUAUGUGCAAGAUCUUUCUCAGCACGUGGUUUCAGACAGCAAGCAGGCGAUGGUGCUGCUGGAGGAGGGCAUCGCCAAUCGAAUCACUGCAGCGACCCACAACCACGAUGCCAGCAGCAGAUCCCACGCCAUCUUCACCAUUCAGUACACUCAGGCUAUUUUGGAAAACAACCGACCAUCAGAAACUGUGAGCAAGAUCAACCUUGUCGACCUGGCCGGGAGUGAGCGAGCAGAUCACAACUACUGCAGAGACCGACUGACAGAAGGCUCCAACAUCAACAAGUCCCUGGUUACUCUGGGCAUCGUGAUCUCUGCUCUUGCUCAAAACUCCCAGAUGUCCAGUAGUUGCCACAGCAUCAACAGCAUGGCCUCUGAGGGUGAUAAAAGCACAGCAGGGAGUCACAGCAGCUCGCUGUCAAGAGGAGGAGGCGGCGGCAGGAGACACUACUUCAUCCCGUACAGAGACUCCGUCCUGACCUGGCUGCUCAAGGACAGCCUUGGCGGCAACUCCAAGACUAUUAUGAUAGCAACGGUAUCCCCCUCUGCUAGCAGCUACAAUGAGACCCUCAGCACCCUGCGCUACGCGGCACAUGCCAGGAACAUCGUCAACAAGCCUCGGGUUAAUGAGGAUGCUAAUGUCCGGCUCAUCCGAGAGCUGAGAGAGGAGAUCGACAGGCUGAAGAGCAUGCUGCUCACCUAUGAGAUGAGGAACCACAGCCCCUCGCUGAGUGAUGAGAGGGACGGAGCGCUCUCUGAUAUUGUUCUACAGAAUGAAUUGAAGGUGGAGCAGCUGAUGAAGGACUGGUCUGAGAGCUGGAUCGACCAGAACAAUCUUCUGCAGCAGUACAAAGUUGACAUCAAUUCUAUGCAACCGCAUCUGAUUUCCCUCGACAGAGAUGGUCUCUGCACGGGCAUCGUCGUCUACAAUCUCCCGGAGGGAAUAACCCGAAUUGGACCUCGAGGCCGAGCUGAGGAGCCACAUAUAGUACUGCAAGGCGGUGCGAGCUGCGAGAUUGAAAACCAUGAAGGUGUUGUGACGCUGCGACCCCUGCCUGACGGCGUCUGCCUGCUGAAUGAGCGGGAGAUCAAUGAGCCCUGCAGACUGGCGCAAGGUGCCGUCAUCACGCUGGGAGGUGUGCACAAGUUCCUCCUCAACCAUCCAACAGAGGCCGCCCUUCACCAGGAACAAACGCGAGCGGUAAAGAGCAACAUGCCCUGCACCUUUAUUGAUCUCUGCGUAAAAAGUGGUGCCCAGUGUGGUGAGAAGACAAUGCUGCAGGGGGAACCACCUCACUGUACGUCCCUCAAUGACCAAACUGCUGCCCAGCAGCGUGUGGAGAAGCAGCAGCGCUAUGUGGAGAGUUUGCUUCAGGACAUGCAUUGUGAGCAGAGAAAGGCUGAGAAGGAGCUGGAGCGAGAGCAAGCUCUGCUUCAGCAGCAACACAGCGAGCUGCAAACUUGGAUUGAUCAGGAGAAAGAGCGGCUGUUGACUGUGGAGCGAAGAGCUACACAAGAGCUGGGAGUCCAAACGGACCUUGUCUCGCCACAAGUGCUGGAUCAGCUCUCCAGUUUUGUUUCAUCUGACCAGAACACGCCAACAGGCAUCUGCCCGUCUCAACUAGACAGGGAGAGGAAGAAGGUGGUGAACCAGGAGCUGAUAAAGCAUCACGCCCUUUGUCGUGCCGCGAGCCGCAUUCAUCGCAGCAGGCUUCAGUUCCAGCUUAAAAGAAUCGCAAACAAGCGUUGCAUGCUAGAAGCCAAGAGAGAGCUGCAACGGCUGGAGAAGGCCCUGCCUUCAGGAACAGAGGGGUUGGACUCUGCUGAGUUUGGGUCUAAAUGUGCAGGGGAUUCUUUUGCUUCGCGAAGACAUUCUUUUACGUCAGAUCUUCGCUCCAGACGUCACUGCUCAGUCUCCCGACAUGCUGUGAAGAGAAACCAACACACCCCAUCAGCGACUUCUAUUUGCAGCAGGACCUGGGUCUCAGAUGAGUGCCUCCCAAGAGAGAGAACUCAGAGUUGUUCCAGCAGCCUCUUCUCAGGGCAGUCGUGCCAGGACGAGAAACGUUUGUGUGCCAAGGAUGUGACUCCACUUCCUCUCCCGAAGUGUCCUGAAAGAAAGCCCCUGCUACCAAACAGAGACCUGACUUUUAAGAACUGGUCGAAUAUAGUUACAUCAAGUUCACCGGUGAGUUCAGCAACACAACAAACUGGCCAAGAGAAUUUCCUGUCAUCUACAAAGGAGGAGAGGGUAUGUCACACCGCUUCCCCUGGGAAUGUCACCACAGCAUGUGAUGCAUUAGCUAUUGGACAAGGAACCACCGAAGAGUUGCCUGGUUUGGUCACACCUAAGAAAAUCUUUUCAGAGGGGUUUCGAUGGCCAUCAUUUUCUAAUGAAGAACGUGGACCCAAAGCUCUCGGAAGGGUCAUGAGAAGGGUGCAUUGGAGGCAACAACGAGGACUGAGUCUUGAUAGAAAGAGGCCUGGAAGCAAAAGGGGUGUGAAUUCUGCAGUCUCCUGUGAUGAUCUGGACCAAACCUGUCUGUUGCAGGGCUUUAGCCAGAGAAGGUGUCACAGCGCCGAUGCUCUCAUGAGCCAAACCAAAAGGUGGGUGGAGACACAGCCGGAACUGACAGGUUGGGUUGAGGAAGAGAAGGAGGUCAAGUGGGACGAAGAAAGGUCUGACUGUGAUAGUCUUUUCUCUCUGGAUUCUUUGUCUUCGGCUUAUGCAGCCGCCCUGGCGGACCAGCUCAAGUCCACAGAGGACGCUCGAGGUUGUGGGUCGGAGAGUGAGGACAGUAACAUGUCUAAAGACUCCUUAACGGUUGUGAGUCGUCAAAAGUGCACUUCGAUGAAGAAGCUGAGCAAAGCCUUGCAUCCUUUGUUGGUUCAAGAGAGCCCUCGGGUGUCACCACAUCAGAAAGGGGAUCGUGGUGCUUUGGAUUUGAGGACCAGGAACUCUGACAGUGGUACCGUUAGGACCCCUGAAAAGAAAUCAGAAACCCAUUCUUCUUCUAUUUGCUCCAAUAUUUACAUCCAUCCUCUUAAUGUUGACAGAGAAACAGUUCAUGAUCCCGGCGUCGGUCCUCAAAUGAGCCUCUCGGACUCCCUGGGUCAACUGAAACACAGAGAUGUAGCUUUCAGCAGCAAAGUAUUGACAUCAGUGCCGGCCACUGCACUUGCCUUAAACAAUAAAAGCAGUGCUCAGGUGCACUGUAGUGACAAAGCAAAAGGACCAUCAACAACUCUGGGGGAAUCUCUACUGGAAACUGACGACCAUUCUUCAGCGGGGGAGGCAAAAUUCCCAGUUGUGAGGUACGAGUCUCCUCAUGAAAGACCCACCAUAGUGAGGAACACAUCACAAUCUCCAGAGGAGGAAAUAGGCAAGCUUCCCGUGGAGAGCAGCAUUUGCUCAGCAGCACACUCUUGCACAAAUAGUUCAGAGCUCAUAUAUGAUUCAGGAUGCUGCAUGAAGCUCCCCACCGAUGAUCACAAUCCAGAUGAUUCCGCUGAAGAUGUCGAUCAGUUUGAGCUACCAGAUGACAUUUCUCUGUCUCGUGAUGAAACAUUAGAUGAGAAUGGGAUGUGCUGUUUCACUCUUCCACCUGGGAUUGUGGACUCCGAAAGCAUCGAGGAGAAGCAGCAGGCUCUCAUGGCCGAUGUGAGGAUUCCUAAAAGAGACAUUGUGACCCAUUGUUCGACACCAGCUGGCGCACGCAACAGACUCUGGCUCCAUGCAAGCAGCCCUGAGCGCGACCAGACUCCUGAGGUGAUUGAAGACAGAAAUGACUCCUUAGCUUCUGUGGUCUUGCCAGGCUCUGAUCCUAUAGGCCUGAAAUGUGGUGCGGUUUCUAACAAAUUGCCUGGCUCUGAAGACGGUUUUCCAUGCUGCAAACAAGGAAGCAAAGUUCAUGAACAUAUUGUUGCGACAAAAGCAGAGAAAAUCAAAGGGGUUUGGCUCGAGAGUUGUGACACCAAACACUGGCCGCGUCACAUCUCGCAGUCAGAAGCAAUUUGCAGCGCCAUUGACUUGAGGAUCUCUGAAGUGGUGAAAGAGCACGUCAGACUGUCUGACACUGGCAGCGCUGAUGAAAGGAACGGCGGUCACAGGCCUUUCCAAUCAUCCACCUGCCCUUUCUGCCGCGAAUGCAGUGAACAUAGACGGACGGACAACCUGCCAACAGGCGACCCUGAUCUCACUGGUGUUAGUGGACUUGGCUCAUUAGGUAAAAACAAGCUGCUGACAACUUGGACCCACUUUGGUUUGUCAAACACACACAAAGGUGGUCAAGAAAAAGGACCUUUAACUCUGACCAAAGGUAGCGCUUGCUUGGAAUCGGCUCCUGUUUUAAGUCCCUCACAGAACCUGUCCAGUGCUGGUGUCAAGAGCUGCAGAGAGUUUCUGGAGUCUUCUGGUGUUAAAGAGCAGGUCUGCACUCAGGAAGACUCAUCUCUGAAGCAGGGACAAAAUCCUGUAGUCAUGAACGAGCAGUUAGAUACAGGAAAUGGUGGACCUGACUCACAAAUCAGCAAUAUUCUUCAGAGAAAUGUGGACAAUAAUGAUAAAUGGGCCAAUCUCCUAUGUCCAAAAUUGGACCAGAACUGCAGUCAACUUGGGAGUGGUGGUAAAAGUAGCCAUGGAUCAGACGUCACCACCAUUCCCUCAAGUGGAACUCCUAAAAUAGUCAGGUGCCGAUGCCCCAGACGCAGAAGUGGAAACGGUCGUCCUUCCAGGUCAUCAAUUUCCUGUUGUGAGACUUCAUCAGAUGAGGAUGAGAAAACUCCCAGGCACCGACAGAACAGCCGGCCCUCCUCUAGGAACGUUAACGCUGAUCCCGCUGUCAGACAGGUGUGCUUCACUGACACGGUUGCAUCAACAAAAUCCAGAAAAAUCACGGCUUGUAUCGGCGAGAAUAGCAGAAAAAAAUAUUGUUUACAGGCCCCAAAUGCUCUGAAGCAAGAUUUGGAAAGAGAGACAGACAAGAGUAGAACAGCAGUUGGAUCACAGGAUUCAAUUAUGCACUUCGCCUCGAGCGAUAUAAAUCCUUUUGUUCAUCAUCGACAAGACUCAAGCCAACAAAGCAAUAACACCCAGGCAUUUGGAAGCGCCGCUGACCUCUCCUGUAAAUCUGUGCUUUUGAACAGCGCAGAGAAGCGUAUAAUGAGAUGCAGCAGCGUUGACGACGGCUUGAACGGACAGAACUCCCCUUUCUUAUCGCACCUCAGCACCUACGCCCAGAACAAGAGGCUUUCCAGUACUCUGAGCAGCUUUGAGGAUUGUCAAGUUAAGAAAGAGUUUGCUCAUAAACCUGAAGCUUCUCCAGGUGACAAGACGAAGGCCCACACUGUCGCGACUGGAUCGAGCCCCAGCUGUAGUCAAGUGGAUGAAAUCGUGUUUCUAUACUCUUCAGAGACGGAGUCAAAUAAGGCAAAGGUCAUCAGGAGGACUAAGGAGUGUGGCAGAGGUCCAACUGAAAGUUAUUUACGUCAUAAAAGAAGCGCGACUGAUGGAGCUGCAACUAAAAAGGUGCCUAUUGAGGAAUGCCCAACUUGGGCGAGUAUGGAGAGCAUGUCUGUCCACCUCUCAAGGCUAAUCGACAGCACCUCUGACCUGCUUGGAGAUGUUCAGGGAAUGAGGGCUGGGGGAGCCUGCACCAAUGUUCAUGUACCAGGGACGAAGAGACAGAACUCUUUCGGUCAAAUGUCCAGGUUAGAUUCAAGCAAUCGGAGAGUCUGCUCCGCUUGUCCCAGAACCCAUGAGGUCAACGUGACAGUCAAAGUCGUCGGGGCGGAGGUUUUAACCGGGACGCAAAACCAAACUGGCCGCCACGCAGUGACAUCUAAGAGCCAGAGAGAGGUCGGGCUGAACUCCUCUACUCAAACGCCAGCUGUGGUUUCUGGGGCGAACUGCCAAGGACGUGCGAGGUCCGCUCCUCGUCUAGGUCCUCUGAGAAUCUCGCCUGAGGAACUGAGGACCUUAAGUGUGUCUGACAGCACAGACCUGGGAAGCCCUGCCCAGUCUUCAAGCAGAGAUGCUCAGUAUAUGGACCGGGCCUCUUCUCCGAUCGUCACUGUUGGCGCAAAGACGAGAGCAAACCACUCCAACACCUGUCAGAAAGGAAGUGGAAGUCAGGCGCAACUGAUUCAGCGGUGCCAACAAGCGCUGCCGUUUGACCAGUCGUCCAAAGAGGAAUGGGAUAUUUCUUCCCUUGAAAUUGACCCGAAACCCCUUGACAGUGAAGUUAGUUAUCUGAGCCCUAAAGAGUGCUGUGGUAGUCGUCCUUCAUCACUGGGUGGAUUCAAAGGAACCGAACCAAGCAUUGCCUUUUAUAAAGACCUCGACUUGUCUGUUCUUCUGCCUCAAGAGGAUGAUGCAGUGUCUCUGGCUCCUAGUGAGUGCAACACAGAUGUCCUAGUGAACGCCCAACCUCUCAGCGCGUGGAUGUAUCCCAGCAGUCGCGCGCUCCCACAAGAUCUGCCCAUGCACAACAAGUUCAAGAACUGGUCAGGAAUCCCAAAUGGGCAGCUCAGGCACAGCUUGAGUUGUGAGGAGUCGACUGAAUCAGGGGCUCGGCAGUGCUCCCCCAUGAUCGAGAGGCUGCGGCAGGAACGACGGCAGGUGAUGGCCACGGUCUGCAUGGAGCCGCUCACCACGGAGCAGACAGCACCGGCUGGUUUGUUGAAGAAGGACGCAGGGUUGAGGGAGGAGUCUCAACCACAUUGUCCUAUCAGACAGCAUCUGUACGACAGACACCGCAGGAGCAUUGAAGGGUUGAGGCAGGAGAGGGAGCAUCGUCUACAGACAUCCAGGAGAGCUCGAAGUCUGAGUCCCAGACUUCACUCUCGCUUGACUUCUUCUUCCUCUGUGAACAUUUCUGAUCCGCACUCCGAAAAGGUUCCAGAUAACAUCAGGUUGCCUGGCUGCAGUAGAGCAGAGGGUCCGCAUCCUUCUGCCAUCGAGCAACUACUGCUGGAUUACGGCCGUGCACGGGAGGAGGCCCGGACUGAGAUCGCAAGAGCACGGGAACGACUGCGAGAAAGAACAGAGCAGGACAAGAAAAGGCUUCUGCAGCAGGCUUCACAUCAGGAACUCAGGGAUGAACCCAAGCUUCGGACCAGAAACAGCAGUAGCACCUUGUGCACAGGAUCUAGCAUAAGCCUUUCAUCUGGACCGACAUCUGGGUACAACAGCGGCAACACCGUCCAGCGUGGCAGAAGACCAGGACAGGCCGUGGGGUUCCAGGAAGAAGAGCGUGAGGUCAGCACAUGUCCUUCACCGUGUGGAAAGGGGCAGCCAACAAGGCUGUCUGCCCAGGAUCUGAGGCCAAACAUUUCCCUUGGAUCCACCUCUUCCAUAUGCCCAAGAUUCCAAGACGUGACCUGCGGUCUGCUUGACCGAAUCUUUGCAGAGGUGCGACAUGCAGCCACUGGAGGGCUCAGCCGUCUGCUGAUGGGCAAGGCCGCAGCAGGCUGGGGGUAUCAGGGGGAAGAGCGGGGUGUCCACUCGUUCUACAAACCCUCCCCUAACCCUUCGGUCCUCAGCUUCCUGGCUGCAGCUGAGCUGGAGCGCCCUCUGGAGAGUCUGUGGAGGGUCAUCAGCCAGCCGUCCAAGGCACACUUGUACCACCCGUCCGUCAGCUCCGUCUGGACUCGACCACUGGAUGACAGCACUCAGCUGGUGUACAUGCUAACCGAUCCAUCCUCCUGCCACCUGAAGCAGCCGCGGGACUUCUGCUGCAUCAGUAAAGCAGCCAAGCAGGGAGGGCUUUGUGUUUUGGCCAUGCAGUCUGUGUGCGAGGAGACUCUGCCUCCCCCUCGCUUCGGCGCUGUCCGGGGAGAGAUGCUGCCCAGCUGCUGGCUCCUGCAGCCGGUCACACGACGAGGAAAGGAAGUGACCCGAGUCGUCGCCCUUCUGCAGAUCGACCUGGGUCUUCCCUCGAUCCCCCCUCACCUGUUAAACACGGUCUCCAGGCAGCACACAUCUGUCAUCAGCCAUCUGAACUCGUAUCUCGACUCAACCGUGAGCACUUAGACCUGUGGCACCGUUCUCUUCUCAAAGUUGCACUUGUUUUUUUUUGUUGUUUUUUUUUACACCUUCAAGACCACUAUUUAACUGUAAGACAUUAUUUUAAUGCAGUAAUGUGAAGGAAUGAAACCAAAGGUUCCGUCUUGGAUAAUGAAGUGCCUUUUUACGAUGACGCUUUUGUACAGGUAAAUAUUUAGUUGAACAAAAUUGCACGAACUCUGCUUUUUAAAGAGACACACGAGCGAGAACACAAGGGCAGCUAUCGGUUAGUGAGACGAUUUUUCAUCCAGCUGAUUGGGUCAUUUUUAUCCGAACACUGAAGUUAAGCGGUUACUUUUCUAAGCUCCACUGUACACUCCACUGUCUUGGCUUGUGUGCUUCAGAUGACCCCUGCACUGCACGUCUUAACCUCUUCACUGCCCUUCAGCAGCACCUAAAAAAGCAGCGGAGGCAUGUAAGCUAUGUGGUAGAUGCAGGGGUGAUUUAAAUAAAAGUAGGCUCGUGUGUAAUCUGGAACCCGACCGCGACUCGGUAGGUGAAGGGAAAACGCUUUGUUGCAGGCUAACAGACACAAGGUUGAGUUACCAACCUGUUGAAGGUCUUUUUAUUCUUUGUAUUUAUUGUGUUUUUUGAUGGUGAAUGUCAUUUCAUUCAUGCAGUGUUUCCAUUUGGUGUCAUGUUUGUGUCAUGAAGUCACAUGAUAAGCCAUAUUUUCUACAUUUACUGCUAUGUUUUAAGUUUUUGCUACAGCCAAAGAAUAUUUUUGUUUUCUCGUAUGAAGGUUUUUAUGCAGUAUGUUUUUUCAAAUGCAUUUCUGUUUUUAUAUUCCGGUUAUUUAUGUUUUUUAUUAUUGUAUUUUGCUAUAAAACCUGCUUUAUACUUUUUAUAUUUUUGGUAGAUAAAAAUCACACAGUCUUUUCAUCUUUUAUUCAUGGUCAUCCAUCAUCAAAUGUCAAGUAUUUGGGUUACAGCACUGAAGAGGUCAGCACUCCUCAGGCUUUCCACUGGCUUCAACUGGCAACCGAACAGACGGUGAGCUUGGCUGACAAGUGCCUGGACUGUUUGUUGUAAAGAGCAUUUGUUUGCCUCAAAUACAUAAACACAUCACCCAAAAUAAAGUGCGGAUCUCUGUGCGUGGAGUUAAGAAAGACCUUGUCAUUU